AUGCCCGGAACACAAAGGAAAGCCCUACCUGAGCCGGGGCCGCGGGCGCCUCCUUCAGGGCGGCUCUGGCGCGCAGCCGCCGAGGUCACAUCCGGAGCGCGCCGGCUGGAAAGAGGACCCGCGAGGCACCGGGGGCGGAGCAUCCGCGGGCAGGCCACGCCUCCCGGUCGCGGGCCCGCGGGCCGGGUCCGCCUCGCACUUCCGCUCCGCCUGCUCGCCCCAGCCGGCUUAUUUAUAUUCAUGAGGCGGGUGAGGGGCGGGGCCCUGGUCUCCAGCAGCGCCCCGCCCCGGACCUGGGAUCCCGCUCCGGCGGAGCCUCAGGCCCCAGAGGGAGAACCUGAGGCCGUGGGCAAGGAAGGGACCACCCCAGCGUCAGACGUCGACGGAGAGGCUGAGAAGGGCCUCGAUCCUGGUUUGCACCGCCCGGAAUCCAGAGCCGGGGCCUCUGCCCGCCGGGCACUGCCCGCGCGUUCCUGGAACUGGGCUGGGCGGAGAAAUCAGGGCCUGCCGAGAGGCAUUCCCACCGCCUUCUACGCCGCCCGGGGCCGCGGGGGGCCCGGCCAAGGUGACCCCGCCCCCUCGGCCGCGGUGACCUUCUCCAUCUUCUCGGUCUGUGGGGAUUUUCCUCCCGGCAUGCGCGUCCGCCCCCCUAUCCUGGGCUUCCCUGAGGGCGGGACAGCCCCCCCGCGCCACCCCCAGGCCACCUCUGGGCCGUGUCCUAGCGUUGCCCUCGGGCUGGGGGCGGGGCCGCGGGGAGGCAAGGAAGAGGCCGAGAAUGAUGCCCAGCUCCGCGCCCCCUCCCUUUGGGGCCGGUUCCCAGAGGCCUCGCCGCCAUCCUCUGCGCCCCUCCCCCGGCCCCGUGCCGGCUCCCGGCUACCCCCUCCCCCGACGCUCACGCCCCGCCUGGCAGCUGGCGUCCAGGACCUGGGGCCGCGGCGGCUAGAGGGGUUUGCUAGAAGGGAGGGAGCGAGCGAGCGCCGGCGGGAGGGAGGGAGGGAGAAAGGCCGCCCCCCGCGCCCCUCCUCCUUCCCUCCUCCGACAUCGCCGCACUGCCCGGCCGCCGCGGCCACCUUCCCUGCCGGAGCUGCAGAUGUGGCGGAGCGGCCGGGCGCCGGGCUGACGUGCCAGGGGAGCCCGCGCCCCCUAAACCUCGCGACCCGGCCCCCGCCCGCCCCGGCCCCUCCCCGGCUGUGCCCCUGUCGCCCCCGACAGCCGGAGCCCGGAGACGCCCCCGCUGCCGAGGUAAGAAGCCCCUGGGCGUCGCGCUGUGGAGAUCGGAACCGGGCAGGGGGGCUCGCGGGGGCGGGCCGGAGGGUCGGCUGUCGCCGCCCGCGCCGCGCCCCGGGCCAUUGUGAGUCCUCGCCGAGGCCCCGCGCUCGCUUGCUGCUCACUCUUCUCGCUGGCUCACGCGCUCCCUCCCUCGCCGGCUCCUCGGCCCCGGCCCUUCGGCUCUUCGCCUUUCUCCACCCUUCUUUCCUCCCUCCGCCCGGAGGCCGGGCGGGAGCUGCGGCCGGACCCGGAGCGGGCGCAAACUUCGGCGGGGAAGUUGGGGGGCCGCGGCGGGGGCGCGCUUUGGGUUGCGGGGGCGCCCAGCUCGCCAGAGGGUACCGGAUCCUGGGCACGAAGUUGUCCAGAGCCGCCGCGCAGCUGCCCCUCCCCAUGGUUGUCCCCACUGCGGCGCUGGGGCUGUUUGGAGGAAAAGCUUUGAAAGGUGCCUCCUCCCUAGUCCCGGAAAGUCUCUCCUCUGCUACCCCUGGGAAGCCCCUGCGCUUCCUUGGGCCUGGGACGGGGGUGCCCAUGGGGGCCGGGCCAGGGGGCGCUGCGCUGGCAGGUGCUGUUCACACUGGGCCUGGUGCCUGUGCCCAGGUCAGUGGCAUGCACCCCCAGGACAUGGGAGGCUGCAUUUGCUUCAGCUGUGCCUCCAACUAUCUGGGUGACCCUGGCAGGCCCAAGUUACUGUGUGGGGGGCACCCCCAACCCGGGGCCAGAGACAGCAGACCUCAGGGCUACCUGCUGGCUCUUCUGCGCCAGGAGCCAGGCCAAGGCUCACUCUAUGGGACGCUCCAAGUCCCUACACCUGCUGUUUCCCCGCAUCCUGGACCAGCGCCCUCCAGUCGGGAGUUGGGGUGGGGAGUGGGCUGGGGCAGGGCCCGGGCCGGGGGCGGGGCGGAGUCCGCCGGGGGCGCUGCAGCCCCGGGCGCUGCAGCCUGGGACAGUCUGCCGGGGCGGCACAAUAGCAGCCUUUGUCUCGGUUCUGCCAGCGAGGGGGCGGGCGUGCGGGAGCGGAGGACGGGCCCAAAGAAGACAGCCCAGCCCACCCGCCGGGUGACCCCCCCGCUCGGGGGUGAGGGAGGGCCGGGCGCUGCCCCUUGUCCCCGUCGCCCUGGUGGUCCCGCGGUCGACCCCGCGCGCUUCCUCCCUCGCCGCCGCCGCUGCCACCACUUCCUCCCGCGCCCUCCGCUCUAA